UGGGGUGGGGUGAAAAAUGCAGGAUGCGCCUCAGGCAUUCUUGAGUUGCAAGGAAAAGGCGCUAGAAACAUCUAUAUAAGUAAAAACGUUUGAAAUGUUGAAACAUCAAAAAACAUUACUGAGGUGACACAAAUGAAGCCAAUCCAUUGAAACACAUCAGUAGGACCACCGAUGCACAUAAUAAACCACCUGGCAUUGACCACCCUUACAGGCCUGCCGUUAACCACCCUUACAGGCCUGCCAUUAACCACCCUUACAGGCCUGCCAUUAUCCACCAUUACAGGCCUGCCAUUAACCAGGGGUCAUUUCUUUAAGGGACCGGUAAUUACCCGGCUCGUUCGGUUAUCAGGAUAGUUUUUCGAGUGCAUUUCUCAAAGCUAGCUGUAGCCUCCUGCUGUUUACGGGCUCCAGAUAUGCAAAUUAUUAUUUUCAAGGUUUAUUAAUAGAUUGGCAGAAUAAUAAUUCCAAAAUCAAUCCUAGACUUGUAAAUGUCUGUAGACAACUGACACAUCAAACAUUGCUGUAGUAUCGGCAUUUUUUGAAAAAAAAAGACAAAGAACAAGUAAUAUAGCCCCAUUUUGUAGUAAAGCCUUUUAACUACGAUCUCAUAGCCGCACGGUCACAGCUACAUUGCAUAAAAAGAUGUUACCUGUGAUUGGUCUAGCCCUUACUGGAUUCAUGUAAAAGCCUAGGAAAACCAGCAGCAGCAAAAAAGCACCAAAUGAUUGAUUAUUUUAAUAAUAAUAAUAAUAAUAAUAAUCUUUAUUGCCUUAGAUAAAUCAACAUGUCUAAGUUUACAAAAUGUAGGAGAAACCGAUUAUAAGUAAAUGCGCUACAAGUAAAUGCGCUAUUUUAACUUGGCUAGCUCAAGAUGAAUUAUUGGUCUAUAAAUUCAGCUAUAAAACAUUGGAAAAAAAUUUGGGGGAUCAUUUUUCGCAUUAAGAUUCCUAGUAAGUUAACCGGAGAUUUUGGGAUGCUGUAAGUUAGGGUCCAGUAAGCAGGAUUUUUCUCAGGCCGAAGACAGCAGGAAGAAACGCCUGAAUGGCUUCCCGGGGGACUUAACAGGUUUCUGAGUUUAUCAGGCAUUUUGAGAAACGACCCCCCUUGCCUGGCAUUGGCUACAACCUAUAGAGGGUUUGCAUGAUCACGUGACUCCCUUAGCGACGGUAACUACGCCGCCAUGACAGCGACCAAAUUGCAACAAAGCGGAUGAAACACUGAGAUUUCCGCGAAUCUGUUGUGUUUUUGGCUGCUGAAAUCGCCCAAAUAGAGACACAAACGUUAGAUUAUUUAAUGUACCUUUGGUAAUUAAUCAUCAAGGCGAAAAAACGAGAGAUUUAUCCCAAAAAAGACGACAUUUGUGGCUCGCAAACAUUUCCCAAGACGCAGUAACGAAAGGCAUCAUAAAAAGACCGCAAGUCUGCUCUUCACACUUUCAUCAAGGAAAGCCGGCACAAAUCUAUGACACUACGCAUCCCGAUUGGGCUCCUACGAUAAAUAUGGGGAAGCUACACGCUUCCAGCGCCGUGAAAAGUGCGUCCAAAGAAACAAGUCUCAAAAGACAUUAUCGCUUACAAGAUAGGAAUAAAGUAAAGAAACGUUUCUGUCUGGCGGAGAUAAACAUAAAUGAUGAAAACCGCGAGCCAGACGUAGGAAAAGAUGAAGUACCAGAUGGAGAACCGGACGAAGUAGACGAAGGAUCAGAAUUAAGAAUUGAAACCAUUUUUAAAGACUGCAAAGACCAGCCUGAAUCGACUUUAACCAGAACUGUCUCCACACAAACAGAGCUUACCUUAGCCGACCUUGAUAAUUUGGAAAAAAAUAUCACCUGUGACUAUAACCCGUUUAAAAGUAGAAAAAGCUUUGAAGAUGACCCCGACAAAUUAAAGUUCUACACUGGCCUACCAGCUAUGACAGUAUUCAUGACAGUCCUGAACUUGAUCAGCCCAGGACUUGCGUUAAGGGAAAGUCUUAACAAAUUCGAGCAACUUCUUUCGACCCUAAUGCGACUUCGUUUGAACUUACCUGUUGUGGACCUUGGCUACCGAUUCACCAUUCACCCUUCUACUGUUUCCAGAAUAUUUCAGAGUUGUAUACAAGUUAUGUACACAAGCAUGAGCUUCCUUGUUCAUUGGCCAGACAGAGAUCAGCUGAAACUCACUAUGCCUUUAAGUUUUUGUCAAAAGUUUUCUUCCUGUUCUGUUAUUAUUGACUGCUUUGAAGUUUUUAUUGACCGUCCAUCGGAAUUACUUGCCCGUGCUCAGACCUGGUCCUCCUACAAGCAUCACAACACAGCUAAAUUUCUAAUUGGUAUCACACCACAGGGCACUGUUUCAUUUAUUUCUAAGGGAUGGGGUGGACGAGCUUCUGACAAGUUUAUAACUGAACAUUCCGGCUUUCUGAAGAAUUUGCUUCCCGGAGACCUCGUGUUAGCGGACAGAGGAUUUGACAUCCAAGAUAGCUGUGGGCUGUAUUGUGCUCGUUUGCAAAUCCAAGCUUCACUAAAGGCAAGCCCCAGCUGUCUCCAAUAGAGAUUGAAGGCACAAGAUCUAUCGCCAAUGUAAGAAUUCAUGUGGGAAGGGUCAUUGGCUGUGUACGGCAGAAGUACACCAUACUUGGCCAUGGAGUUCUUCCCAUUGACUACCUUAAGUCUGCCAAUGGCCAACCCUGUCUACUGGACAAAAUUGCAUUUGUGUGCUGUGCAUUGACCAAUUGUUGCAAGUCAGUUGUCUCUGCAGAUUAGAGCUGUUUUCUGAUAAGUUAAAAUAAACAAAAAAUUUUCUCAUUGGUUUACAUUACCUAAAAAUUUGAAACUGUCACCAGCUUGUAUUGACACGGUGUCAAUCAUUGCCAGUUUCAUCUCAUCUCAGACUCAGUUGAAUUUUUAUAAAUAAAUUAUAGAACUCUCAGUCAGCAUUAAAUCCAAUAUUUCUAACUCACCAGAAAACUGUUCAGCAGAUUGCAAAAUUUUAUAUAUAACAAGUAAAUACUCACAACAUUAUACAGCACUAUCAUGACUGCCUGUAUCUAAAAAACUAAAUACCAUGAACAAUCCUGUUUUUUGAUAAUGUGUCAAUAAAUUUAUUUCAUAAAUAUUUUAUAUGAAUAAAGAUUUCAAUAAAUACAAUUUCAUGAAAUUUGUACAAAAGACUCUUUUCAGAAAAUAAUUUAAUUAUUUACAAAUGCAUAUUUUACUUAAUAUAAUAUCAAUAAAUAAUAAACACAAAGUAGCAAGUACAUAUGGGCUGGACAUUUCCCAGAGACUUCAGGUAAUUAUUAUCACAUGUGCUCUUGAAUAUAUACAAUUGUCAAUAAAUUAUUUAUAUAAUAUCAUUUAAUAAAAUGUGGUUAAUGACAGCAAA